UAUUCAAGGCCGUAACCAACUAUGAGGAACGGGGCUCGGUUAAAAUAAUACUAAUAAUUAUUUAUUUACGCUCUCUUACACGUGAUAAUGAGAUGAUGUUUAAACAGCAGACCUCAGUUUGAUGUGCUUCUGGGAAUUCGUCAUGUGAUUUGUAGAUCAGUGUUUUGCAGAUCACACUUCAGUUUAUAAAUAAGGAAAGUGAAACUAAAGCAGACUCGGUGUGCUUCCUGACCUGUGCAUUUGGAAAGAACCGCUAGCGCCAUAACCAAAUACAAAGUGUGCAGCCCGGAAACGAGCAGUAAAGUUCUUAUGUCAUGACAUGACACCAUCGAUCCAUUUCCUACACUUUGAAAAGUUAAGACCCACGCCCCUUUCUGGUAGAUGAAAAGAACCCACAGGAACACAAUAAAACAGCAACACAAAAUGGGAAGCUGCUGUUCACACCAACUUCACCAGCGGGAAGAAACAAAAGAAUUGUUGCAUAAAGCUGAAAAUAAGCAAGAUUACAUCACCAAGGAUGAUAUUGUGGAGACCCAACCAGAAGCAGGAGGGAACUUCAAAGACACUAGAAUGCCUGUAAAGGUCCUUCCAAAUGUCUCUACUGGUGUUGGUGUGUACAAAAGCCAGGAGAAUAAUCACGGAGUCACGCCAGUCGACAGGGUGCUAGAGGGUGGUGUAGUAAAGCCCCCGUGCUCUGAAACGUGUGCUGAGGAGGCUGUGGCUGUGCACCAGGAGAGUGAAUCUGUCCGUCUGCUAGAGCUGGAGACACUGGCAGCUGACCCGGAGCUCACAGCACAUACAGCUUUUGCAGGAAGUGUUACUAAAGCCAUGAUAACCCAGGAAGAACAAAAGCAGCCAGCCAGCAAUGCAGAGACUAAAUCUAAGAAAACUAUUGCCACAGAGAAAAUCAAUGACCCUGCUUGCAUUGAUUAUGAGCAGCAGACUGUGAAAAAUGGAAUUGGAAAGUUAGUCAAGGAUGCAGUGCAGGAAGACGAGAGAGGUUUAACGGAGACAGAGGGUAAAGAUAAUAGCAGUUCGGCCAUCAAUUCUUAUGUCAAAGCUAAGAGACCCAGGCUUGCAGAGGAGUCGGUGAGGAGUGAGAGCUGCAUGGAGGAAGAAAACACUGCAGAUACACAAGCGUUUGAAAGUCAAGAUCAACCGGAGAGUGCUGUGGAGAUAAAUAUAGUACAGUCUCUGGAAGACAUUGGAGACGAUCUAACCAAAGGAGGCAAAAAAGCUGAAGUUGAGGAAAGUGCUGUUGACAAGAAAGACGCACAAAGGACUCCCAGCAUAGAGAUGGAACCGGAGAGCCAAAGUGAAACCCAAGAAAAAUCAAGUGCCCCAAAACCUGUGAAAUCUUUGAAUGAAGAGCCAAUGAGAGAAAUGAGUGCUGCUGUUGAAGAUGAGGAUAACACAAGUGAAGUUGAUCUAUAUCGAGGUGCUGAAGAGAUAGAAGAGGAUCAGCUGGAAAAAAAUGGAGCAAAAUGUGUUGAUUUGAUGGUUUCUCAUGAUAAGUGCAGCAUCUGUCCAGAAGUGGACAUGUUAAAGUACAGUGAAAAUGAGUGGAGAGGAAACACAGCCAAAAGUGCACUGAUUAAAAAGGGAUAUGAAGAAGUUUAUACAAAUUUCAGUGGGCUUCGGAGAGUGCGAGGAGAUAAUUACUGUGCGAUGCGAGCAACGCUUUUCCAGGCAUUGGUCCAGAGUAACAAAGCACCAGCCUGGCUUCAGAGAGAAGACUUUAUCCAGCUACCUGAAAAGUUAGCCUCCUGUUAUGACUGGAUGAAGCAGUGGAGGUUUACACAAGACAAUGAAAAUGGACAUUUGGUGGAAUUGUUAAGAGGACAUAUGCAGCUUCUAAAGAAAAAGUGGUUGGCCGUGGUGGAAUCCUCCAGUGCAGAAGAGAGACAAGCCGUGUGUGAUGAGAUCUUCAGGAAUGAAGAGGAGGAGUACAGUUUGCUGGAGGCUGUGAAAUUGCUGAUGUUGAAUACUGCUAUUGAACUGUACAAUGACAUGCAGCAGGAGAAGGAUGUGCCCAUUUUCUGCUGGCUCUUGUUUGCUCGGGAUAGUUCUGAUACCCCCUGCACAUUCCUCAGCAACCACCUCAAUCAAGUGGGCUUCAGCGGUGGACUCGAGCAGGUCGAGAUGUUCCUCCUGGGCUACGCGCUGGAACUGACAAUUCAUGUGUACAGGCUUUACAAAUUUGAAACUGAUGAGUUUAUCACAUUUUACCCUGAUGAUCACAAGGAAGAUUGGCCAGCUGUGUGUCUCAUCACAGAGGAUGACAGACACUACAAUGUCCCGGUCCAAAAGCAAAAUACAACAAGGUUAUAGGCAGCUCUGGGCCUUCACAACUUUAACCCUGUUCACACUACUGGCCCGGCCCUGGCCUGCCCCAUAUUUAGGUCUGCAACCCUGUUCUCAUUUGCAUUUUUUAAGGCGACUUUGCGCAUUCACAUGUGACUGAAAAGUAGGCCUAAAAUGUGGCAAACAUCUUUUUAAUUUUUUUUUAUGGAACGAUAGCCUGCACUCAGAAUGGAAGCGCU